AUGAACGGCCCAGAGGAGAUGAGAGCACACCUAAACCGCUCUGCCAACAUAAUUCACGCUCUGAUGAGCGCCAGCAGUUGCAACAAGGUCAGGUUCUUCAAGCGCGACAUGGGAGAAGAAGGACCAGAUACACUGUAUGGGAAGCAAGUAUACCGCUGGUGGCACUUCAUUGCCUCCCAUACAGGUGCAUUCAGGGAUCUGGCACAAUGGCAUCACCAUGGGUUAGCUACCACCCCCCCCACAGUCUCCACACCUCCAUCUGCAAGAGAGCUGACCCAGGCAGUGCAGAACCUCAUUCUGCUUUACCCAGUGGACCUGCCAGCCUACACAAGCAGGCCAGCAACACCAGUGACCCCUCCAGCAUGCCAAGACACUCCCAGGCCAACAGAGAUGCAUGCACCAGCACCCUUGCCCAUCCCCCUGUUCUCCAGCAUGCCAGACACUUGCUGGACCCCAGGAUACUCAUCUCCAUUGAGAGAAACACAAUGGGAGCCUCAGAGCUACCUAGGAUGGAGCAAUGAGGAGAUAAGAAGGAAUGUGGAAACAUUUGAAGGCAGGGAGAAUGAGGAGCUGUUCAGCUUUGAGGAGUUACGUGCUAUUGAUUGUUCUGGGUGGAUGUAA